GGUGGUCAACUGGAGGGAGGACGCCGACACGCCCUCUCUUGAAUGGAGCGCGCCGUGCGUAAAGUCCGACGUGCAACCGAGCGAAAUUGUAAUUGGUUUCUCUUUCACACAUUUCAACGUUUGUAACCGCACGUGGUGAUUUAGAUGCAGCAAUGACGCGGGAGGAAGAGUUAAUCCGGAUUGCCAAGAAGCUGGAAAAAAUGGUGUCUCGAAAUAACACGGAAGGGGCUCUGGACCUGCUGAAUGAGCUCAAAAGUUUCAAUAUGACACUUAAACUCCUCCAGGAGACAAGGAUCGGCAUGUCUGUGAAUAGCAUCAGGAAGCACUGCACAGACGAAGAUGUCAUCGCUUUGGCAAAAGUACUCAUCAAGGAAUGGAAAAAACUUUUGGACUCCAGCCGUCCUCAAAUGGAGAAAGCCGCAGAAGACAAGAAUGGUUUGGACUCCAGCAAAGCAGAAGGGUCACCAAACGACUCACCCAGGAGCUUGGACAUCAAACAGCAACUGGAUUCACUACCUGAUGCAAAUCAGUCGAUGAAAGACAAGAAAAGAAAACGUACAGAUGAGCCCAAGAAUAAAAUGGCGCAUAGAUACGAGCAUGGCGAUGAAAAGCACCAUACUGAGAAACGACUUAAAGAAAUAGUCAAAGAAGGUAAAAAGCCGAGAGAGACAGAAGUCAACCAGCUUGAGAAGAAACACAAGCAUGAAUCAGACAAAGCAAAAGAGAUAAGAGAGCACAAGGAGCCCAAAAGAUUCAACGACUUGAAACCCAAAGAGCAGAACAGACUUGAGAGGCUGAUGAACACAAUUCCAGGCGAGCCUGCGAACGACGUCUUCAGGGAGAAAUCAUCAGGUGUCCAAAAGCCAUUAUUUGAAAGGAGAGGAGUUCUGGACAGCAGCGUUCUCUAUCCCACCCGAUUCCCCUCCCCUCCUCGGCCCGCUCGCCCCCCCCUUCCCAUCAGGCGCCCCUCUGUGGAUAUGAAGAAAGAGAGGAAGGAUGGUAAAGACUCCUCGUUAGGGUGCUCUCAAGCUUCAGGGCUCACCUCGCCCAAGGCCAAGCGUCCUUCACUGGACUCUAAGAAAGAGAGGAAAGUUCCAAAAGACCCAAGCACGCCAUGGGUUCCGCUUACUUUUAAACUCCACCCCCCACCACCAAGGUUAGAGUGCUGUGAGGAUGUCACCUCUGGCUGUGACGCGGCUGACCUCUUGCUCAAGAUGUCUUGUCCUUGUAGAAAAGAGCCGCCAGAUCCAAACGCUCCUCUGCCUCCACUGCCCUUUCAUCUUCAUCCGCCAGCUGCGCCAAAGCGCCCCUCGCUGGAUGGAAAAAAGGAGAGGAUGGAUUCCUCAGACUCUAAAAUUGCUUCCCACAAGACAUCAGAUUGUGUGAAAAGAGAAAGGAAAGACAGUUUGGAUAGCAAAGUGGCUAAAAAACAGUCAAUGGAUGUUAAGAAAGAAAGGAAGAACUCCCUUGACUCCAAAUUAAGCCAGCCAGUGAAACACCAAACAACUCCCACUAAACCAGAAAGGCGGGAGUCUGACUCAAAGCACAACAGCCUUUCACCCCGUGCAAAGAAGCUAACAUCUGAAAGGCGAGAGUCUCAUGGCUCAAAGGCCACUCAGUCUGGACCUCCGCAAAGAAAAACAUCCACUGACCACAAUGAAAGAAAGGGCAAAACCGAAGCCCCGAAAACUCCAACUACGCCAAGCAGCCCGUUAUCCCCCGGCUUCGCUUCCACUGGGGGUUCAUUACCGCCUCACCUAAUUACCGGAGACUCGAUUCGUGACAAGUGCAUCGAGAUGCUGGCGGCUGCCCUGCGCACUGACAAUGACUACAAAGAUUUUGGAACUAACUGUGACAGCAUGGCAGCAGAGAUUGAAGAUCAUAUCUACCAAGAGAUCAAGGCCACCGACAUGAAAUACAAGAACAGAGUGAGAAGCCGCAUCAGUAACUUAAAGGACCCAAAGAACCCCGGUCUGCGCAGGAACGUUCUCGCAGGAAGCAUUGAUUUAAGCCGCAUUGCCAUUAUGAGCGCUGAGGAAAUGGCUAGCGACGAGCUGAAACAACUGAGGAACGUCCUCACCCAGGAGGCCAUCAGGGAGCACCAGAUGGCCAAAACUGGGGGCACCACCACUGACCUGCUGCAGUGCGGCAAGUGUAAAAAGAAGAACUGCACAUACAAUCAAGUGCAGACACGUAGCGCUGACGAGCCCAUGACCACAUUUGUCCUUUGCAACGAGUGUGGGAACCGCUGGAAGUUCUGCUGAUGACUUCCUGGUGAAACCAUCUUUUUUUUUUUUUUUUAAAUAAUGGGGAGUUUCUAAUUGUAGCUGAUUUUAAAUAUUUUAUAUUCCUACAAUUUCCACUUGAAUGUUUUUUUUAAGCAUUCUAAUAAUGUUUGCUGUAUAAGAAAUUGAAGAUUGAGCAUGGAAUGACUAAGUCAUUAAGUAUGAGCGCAAUUGUGAAUAAAUUGGCUCUGUAAUAAAAAUUGUCCCUAAAUGUCACAAUGAAAAUAUACAUAAUUAUUCAUCAUUAUACUUUGUAUAUAAUUCCAAUAAACUGUAAACAAGAUGAAA